AUGGGCAAAUUAAGCUUUAAAAAACUACUUACCCUUCUCCUCCUUGUCCAGUUCUUGUGCGUUGUUGCUUCUGCCUCUUCUAUUGAAGAGGCAAAUGCUCUCCUAAAAUGGAAAGCUAGCUUUGAAAAUCAAACAAAAUCUUGGUUAACUUUAUGGACUCUGGUUUCUCCUAAUGCCACCAACUCUAAGCCACUCACAACCCCAUGUUCUUGGCUUGGAGUUUCAUGCAAUUUAGCUGGAAGUUUCAUCAAAAUAAACCUUACUAGUUUUGGUUUAAAUGGUACGCUGUAUGAGUUUUUAACCUCCUCUUUCCCUAAUCUUAAAUAUGUUGAUUUUGCAGUAAAUUCACUCUCUAGUGUUAUUCCAUCUCAGAUUGGUAACCUGUCAAAGCUCAUUUAUCUUGACCUAUUCUUUAAUCAUUUCUUUGGAAAAAUCUCACCUGAAAUUGGUCUCCUAACAAAUCUUCAGAUCCUACACCUUGAUGAAAACCAAUUGAAUGGCAUAAUUCUAUUUGAAAUUGGUCAGUGUCGAUCUUUUAAUGAGCUUGCCUUGUAUAACAACAGUCUAGACGGUCAAAUUCCUGCUUCUCGUGAUAAUCUGAACAACCUGGUUAGGUUAUAUCUCUACAAUAAUUCGCUUUCAGGCCUCAUUCCUUCCAGUUUUGGAAAUUUUACUAAGCUUAUUGUGUUGCAUGCCUUUGACAAUCAACUUUCUAGUCCCAUUCCUAAGGAAUUAGGAAAUUUGAAGUGUCUUGAACAUUUAAGCCUUUAUUCAAACAAUCUUUUUGGUUUUAUUCCAACAUCAUUGGGUAGCCUGACAAACCUCACUUACCUUCAUCUCUAUGGAAAUCAGCUUUCUGGUCUUAUUCCUGAAGAGCUUGGAAACUUAAAAUCUCUCAUAGAUCAAGAGUUGAGUGUAAACCAAUUAAAUGGUUUGCUUCCUCCUUCGUUUGGCAAUUUGAUUAAUUUAGAAAUAUUAUAUCUUCGCCAAAACCAACUUUCUAGAUCUAGUCCUCAAGAAAUGGGAAAUCUCAUGAAAUUGUCAGUACUGCAACUAGACAUAAACCAGUUUACUGGUCCUUUGCCCAACAUUUGCCAAGGUGGUUCACUUGCAUGCUUCAGUGCAAACAACAAUAAUCUCACAGGUAACAUCCCUAAAGGCUUGAAAAACUGCACAAACUUGCUAAGACUCUGUCUUGAAGUCAAUCAACUCAUUGGAGAUUUAGCAGUAGUGUUCGGUAUCUGUCCAAAGCUGAGCUUCAUAGACAUUAACCAUAACAAAUUCCAUGGUGAAAUAUCAUCUAAAUGCGGAAGUUGUCCAAAUUUAAGUUCCUUACUCGUGGUGAGAAACAAUAUCACUGGAAUCAUACUACCAGAGAUUGGAAAUGCAACUCAGAUACAAUCACUUGAUCUUUCUUCCAACAAUUUAGUUAGGAGGAUUCCAAAGACAUUGGGGAAGUUGACUACUCUUAUUAAGGUCAACUUUAGUGACAAUCAACUUUCUGAUGUCAUACCUCCAGAAAUUGGACUACUGACUAAUCUUGAGUCUUGGACUUGUCCUUAA